GUCUCCACUAAUCGUCGACAGGAACAUGCAGGAAGUUCACUACUGGAGCGGCUCAUAUCGGCGUCAGUUGGACUGUCAUCUCAAUUGCCACGCUUGCAGCCAGGCGAUCGCGACGUAGCUGAGUUGCGGGAAGCCGCCCGCGGAACGCAGUUGUGGCCACACCGACAACAACAACAACAACAACAACAGCAACCGGCACUCCGACAGGCAGCGGCGGCACCACAACUGACUGCCCGCUCACAGUCGCGGCUAGUUACCCGUUUGCCACGGCUGCAAUCGCAGGAGCAGCGGCCAAUUGUCCGGCAGGGAAGGGAGUCUCAACUGCAGUGUGGAGUUGGAUCUUUGCCGCCUCUGUGUCCACCGUCGAGUCCCGAUGGUGUGAAUGAGAAAAGAGACGCGUCCUUUUUUCCACCGAGUGGCACUUGUUGUGUAUGCAUGGACAACCAGUCAGUAAUCGUGCUGUUGCCCUGCCAUCACCUGUGCCUCUGCGAAGAAUGUCUGAUGCGGCUAUUCCGGCGGCGCUGUCCUUAUUGCAAUCAGGUCUUCCUCAAGGCCUCACGCGUGUAUAUUCCAUGA